CUCAUUCCUAUCAGUACAUCUACACGGCGACAGCAGGAAUUCCAGGGUUUCCUGAGUUUGUGGCAGUGGGGAUGGUGGAUGGAGAGCAGAUCAGCUACUAUGACAGCAGCUCUAAGCAGCUCAUCCCUCGGCAGGAGUGGGUGAAAGGAGCAGUGGACCCAGAUGUCUGGAGCAGAAGCACACAGAUAUUAUUGGACUCAGAGCAGAGCUUCAAGGCCAGUACAGAGACUUUAAAACAGCGUUUCAACCAGACUGGAGGUGUCCACACUUUGCAGCGACUGGUUGGCUGUGAGUGGGACGAUGAGACUGGGACCACAGAGGGCUACGAUAAUUUUGGAUACGAUGGGGAAGACUUCAUUUUAUUUGACAUGAAGAACAUGAGAUGGAUCACUCCUUUGCCGCAGGGAGUUCCCACUAAACACAAGUGGGACAGUGACAGAGCUUGGAAUGAGAAGUUAAAGAGCUACCUGACCCAGGAGUGCACUGAGUGGCUGAAAAAGUAUGUGGGCUAUGGGAGGAGCACUCUGGAGCGCAAAGCCCCUCCUGAAGUCUCCCUGUUCCAGAGGGACCCCUCCUCUCCUGUCACCUGCCAUGCCACCGGCUUCUUCCCCAGUGGCAUCGUUGUGUCCUGGCAGAAAAACGGAGAAGACCUGUAUGAGGAUGUGGAGCUGGGAGAGACCCUGCCCAACGAUGACAGAACAUUCCAGAUAGUGUCUCACCUCAGAGUGAAGCCUGAAGACUGGAAGAGAGACAGCUACACUUGCACUGUGAUGCACAGCAGUCUGGAGGAGGAUAUCGUGAAGAGAGUGCAGGAGGAGGAGAGCAACUGGGUUCCUGACGGUCCCUCAGUGGGCACCAUUAUUGCUGCUCUCCUUGAGGCUCUCGCCAAGACCAUCUUCUAGAGCAACAUGGCAGGCUAUCAGAGUCACAAAAGGGAGGAGCUGAAGGAAGACCACAAGAAGACCACACACUGGCAUAUGCACACACAUGAACAGACACGCAUUCCCACAUACAGACACAGAUACACAAUGAGGCACACACAACCAGCUUUGUUUUAAUGCUCUGAAUCUACAACCUGUGACAGUUUGGAGCCUGUUAGACCUCAGAGGUGACCAUAGUUUAAUUGCUUUUUUACAAAGACAGCCCUGCCCGUUUGUUUUUGAAUUGACUUUGAUGCUUCUUUUUUUGUGAAGAGGCAGGGAGAAGGAUUAGAGAGAGACCCAGCAAGCAGAGACUCUGCAUUUGUACUGUAAGUUCACUCAACCAAAACUAUGCCAGAAACAAUGCUGUUGGUCUAUAGAUUUACACAUUGCAAUUCUGAGCAGCUCCAUGGUGUAACGGUUCAUUUAAUCACAUUAUUAUAUUUUAUCAGUUUUGCCUACAAUCUCAUUUUUAAAUCUGUACAGAUUAGAUAGAUGAGUUGUGCUCUGUGUGAGUAAGACACUGAAGCCUGACCCUUUGCAGUGAGCACCUGUGAGGACAAAAUGUGAAUCACAGAGCAGCCAGUAUCUGUGAGAAUAGCAGUGUUAACACUGGAAUGUAACUGUAUAAGGACCAGGUGCUCAUUUUAACAUCUCUGGACUCUGACACUCAAUCUCAUAGUGUUUUAUGAAAUACUUUAAUAUUCCAUGUCCUAUAUAACACAUUAACAACUCAGGAUUAACACCACAUAGUUCUGUACUCAGUCACUUGGUCUACAAGGGGCUUAAUGAUCAAUGUGCUUUAUGUGCAUGUGUUUCCAUGUUACCCAACUGUAGAUUUUGAGCGUUUAACAUCUGGAAGUGCAAUCAAUACCCUUAUUUGAGGACAUCAGCAAAAGAACAACAAUAGUGUAAACAGCUCAAACUUCAGUUUACACAAUUAAAGACAGCUUGCUUGCUUAAUUCAUGUAACCGACACCAUGAAUACUGUUUCUCCCAGCUUACUCAUUUUACAUCCUGAUGAAUUAAUAGAAGUGAAUUUCAAUAACUAAUCACAAAGAAUCUAUUAAUACAAUUACAAUUUUCUGAGGUAAUUAAAACCUCUUUAA